UGCGGGGGCGGGGCAGCGCGGGGGGGUGUAACACCCACCCUGGGUUAAACGGCCCGGUCACGGCCAUGGAGUAAGUGCAGCUGCCGCCUCUAGCAGCUUACAUCGCGUCCGGGCGGCGGCGGAGGAGGAGACUGAGGCGGCCGUCCCUGGGCGCCGGGCGCAUUGGUGAGCUGUGCGCCGCACAGGCCCGGGGCUUUGCAAUGCGCGCUGGGUGCCUCGGGGAAAAGAGGCGGAAUCCUGCACUUAGGAAAGAGAAGAGAAGGCGAAUCUUGUAGUUUCCUCCGCCCGUUCGGCUCCCUGCGCUUCUCCGAGAACUGGCUCUGACGCUGUCCCUGCCCCCUCUGACACGUGCAGUCGGUACUUGCAGCGCUCCCCGGAGUAUGCAUUAUCAACCAUAAGCUCUGGAUAUUUCCAUUCCAAGAGGGAGACAAAUAAGUAGGACAAUAUGAAGUCCAAUCCUGCUAUCCAAGCUGCCAUUGACCUCACUGCUGGGGCUGCAGGAGGGACUGCAUGUGUGAUGACUGGGCAGCCUUUUGACACAGUGAAAGUGAAGAUGCAGACAUUUCCCAACUUGUACAAGGGGCUUGUAAACUGCUGCAUAAAGACAUACACCCAAGUGGGCUUUCGAGGCUUCUACAAGGGAACCACCCCAGCACUAAUUGCCAACAUUGCAGAGAACUCUGUCCUCUUCAUGUGCUAUGGUUUCUGCCAACAAAUCGUGAGAAAAAUAGUUGGAUUGGAGAAGAAUUCAAAGCUGAGUGAUGUACAGAAUGCGGCUGCUGGCUCUUUUGCUUCGGCUUUUGCCGCCCUGGUGCUGUGCCCCACGGAGCUGGUGAAGUGUCGCCUACAGACCAUGUACGAAAUGCAGGCAUCGGGGAAGAUAGCAGAAGGCCAGAAUACUGUGUGGUCGGUAGUAAAAGGCAUUCUUCGAAAGGAUGGCCCUCUGGGUUUCUACCAUGGACUCUCCAGCACUUUACUUAGGGAAGUGCCUGGAUAUUUCUUAUUUUUUGGUGGCUAUGAACUGAGCCGAUCAUUUUUUGCAUCAGGAAAAUCAAAAGAUGAGUUAGGACCCAUCCCUUUAAUGUUAAGUGGUGGCUUUGGAGGAAUCUGCCUCUGGAUUGCUGUGUAUCCAGUGGACUGUAUCAAAUCAAGAAUCCAAGUUCUUUCCAUGUCUGGAAAACAGGCUGGUUUUGUGGGGACAUUUGCAAGCGUUUUAAAAAAUGAAGGGAUAGGGGCCUUAUAUUCUGGACUGAAACCUACUUUGAUCCGAGCUUUCCCUGCCAACGGGGCCUUGUUUUUAGCAUAUGAAUACAGUAGGAAGUUGAUGAUGAGCCAAUUUGAAACCUACUGAAAUAUCUUGGUAGAACUGGAUCCAAAGACUGCUGCUGUCUAUCUCUGGGUUUCUCUGAGUAUGAAGAUCAAAUGGAAUUGUUCUAACUUCAUAGGACUUUUUCCCUCCUCUUCCCACUCAUCACUUUCAUCUCCACAAAGAACUAAAUUGUCUAUGCACUAGUUUCUGCUAGUGUUUUUAUGAGAGAUAAAGUUUUAUCUCUUCUCCUAACCAGGAAUAUACCCAAUGAAUUAUGUCUUUCCAAUGGACCUGUCAAGAUGGAUCCGUUGAGAUUCCUAGCAUUCUCUGUCUGUUUUUGUCUUUGGAGGAUGGAUAGUGUCAGGCCUUGAAAUGAUGUAGUUCAAUUUUUUCUUAAUUUAAACUUCACCAGAAAAGACCUAGGGCUGGUUAUAUGCUAAUGUAGCAUUAAAAAUGGAUCAGAAAAAAGUUGUAAAUAAUUAUUUAAAUAAUACACUAAAUUUAUGGCUUCUUUGUCAAAAGUACCUAUUGAGAUAUCCUAAGCAGUCAGUUUGUAAAAUAAAAUUUUCUUUGUGGUACUUACAAAUGGAGCUAACAGAAUUUAACUGGAAAAUCUAAUAGAGACGCUUGUAGCUUCCAGUUGGGUAUGGUUUCCAUUUUUUUUGCUACUGGGUAAGUUUCAGAGCUAAUGUUUCCUCAGGAAAAUACAUUAAGAUGGUCUUACCUGAAAUAGCCUUAACAAUUUUUUUUUAAACAUGGGACAAGCUUCCACUGUGAUGUUAUAUAGGAAAAUUUGUUUUAAAAUUAAAUCAUCCCAAAUCCAAUGACCAUAUUAUUGGCAUUUACCUCCCUUUUCUCUGAGAUCCUAUCAGAAAAAAAUCUUCAUGUUUCCAUGAGUUGAGGGAGAUACAUAGGGAGUGCUGGAGUGCUACUCUAAAGAGACAGUACUCGAACUUCUGAUCUCUACUCACCGUACAGGGCUGUCUGAAUUUUAAAAUAGCACAGGCCAGGGUACCAAAAAAGAAUCUCCUUCAGGUCAUCAUUUGGUCCAUUUUACUGUGGUUUCCAACUAUAAAAGAAGGAAAGAUGGAAGACAUCUACUUUGUACAUGUACAAAGUGAAUCCCCAUGUGCCCUUGUAAUCAUCAACUGAUACUGGUGGGAAGAGUUUACUGCUCAAUCACACAAGUAGCACUGAAUAGAAAGUUAAUUUCUUUGUAGUAAUAUCAAUGUUAACACAUCUUGAAGUUCACAUAAAGAUCCAGGUAUUGCCAUUUAAUUUUUUAAGUUGUUUGAUCCAUGCCAGAGAAUGACUGAGUUUUAGAAAUGGUGCUUAAUGAUUUUUGAUUUUUAAUGUAUAUGUGACAUGAAUACAAAAUUGUAAAACUGA